CGAAUCCUCCUUUUAUUUCACCAUGUGCGCCUAUAUAUGUAAUUUUUGCAAUGCAAACUCACAGUAAUAAUUAAAGCGCUAACAACGCUAAUUCGUUUUAAAGUUAAUAUAUUUAGUGUUUAAUAUAAUUAAUAAAAUAAAAGUGGAGCAUUGCAAACACCAGCGGAUAUAGCGUCAUGCGCUCAUAAUACAAAUAGUAUAACAGCUGCUCGUUGAUAGCAGAUAACAAACAGCAGCCAGAAGAAGAACAACAACAACUAGAAUAAAUAAAAGAAACGGCGACAAGUUGUGCUUGAUACCGGAUAAUCAGCUGAGCCUUCGUCUUCGCCAUCAUUGUUGUUUCCUUAGUUUGCAAUUUCUUUGUGUGUGUCGCUUCUCAAAUUACAUUUUAAAAUGUGCACACAACAUUGACAAACGUAAAUAACAACAGAAACAACAGCAACAAGAGCAGUGAGAACUUUGCCCUGUCCUUGCAACAACAACAACAACAAAGUAAAAGUUUAUUGCAAAGUAUUAAGUAAAUAAUUGAAAAUGGAACGCUGGCUAACUGCACACGUUUGUGAGGAGGACGCCAUGGCCGCACCCGCUCCCUCUGUCUGCCCCGCAACGGCCGCUGGUCAGCGAAUCUAUGGCGACAUUACCGCCAAUCGUCUGUGGACAUUUCGUGUGCUAAUGAACGAGGAUUUGGCAGCCAACGAGCAGCUGGCGAUUGUUGGCAGCUGCGAGGCCCUGGGAAACUGGCAACACAGUGGGGCGGCUGUCAUGAGCAGGCAGGAGACACAGAAUAUACAAGAUGGUUCUGACUCUGGUUCUGGUGAUGUGUGGAUGGCGCAGGUGUAUAUACCACGACAAUGUGCCACCGAGUAUCGUUAUAUGGUGUGUGGUGUGGAUGCUGCAUCGGAGCAGCUCUUGGUGCGACGUUGGGAGGUGCAACUGCAGCCACGUCGUAUCGCCGAAUUGGAUGAACCCGCCGGGCAGUGCGAGGACACAUUUGGCUAUGUCAAUGGCAGGGAGAAAGUGGAUCGUGGUUGGCUGACCAAAGAGACUCUUGUCCAGUUGAAGUUCUUCUAUGCGCCCUUCACCUGGAAGCAGCGCAUGAAGCGUCGCCUGGUGCACGUCAAGGUGACGCCCAUGAAUCUAACCAUACCCAGCAAUGGCGCCGCUGAGAUUACACCCCUUUCCCCGCUCGAGGAUUCGCUGUCGAAUGACACGCACGACACGCGGGAGAAUGGCGGAGAGGGAUCUGCCUUCGCCUUCAGCGAGGUGGUCACCUUGAGCGCCAAUGAGUGUGAGGUGCGUGCCCAGGAACAGUUUGGCACGGCCUGCAGCUCCACCGAUUUGGUUAUCUUUCAUCUGACGGUCGCGGAUCUGGACAAUACAGCGUAUCUGGUGGACCUAUACAGUUAUAGCUCCAAGGUGGCCAGGGAGGAUGGUCCUCCAUUGCAUUUGGGGUAUCACUAUGUGUUGCCCAAUCUUUUCAAGCGCUCCGAGGGCAAUCUGGAGCUGGCAAUUACCUGUGCCAAGGGUCAUCGACCGCUGGGCAUGAUGCGACUGGGUUACCUAAUUGUGAAACCGUCCUCCCACAGUGCCCACAUGGAUAUGCGUGUGAGCUAUGCCCGGUAUUGGAACAACAAGUGGACGGGACUCGACGUCGGACAUCGCGGAUCCGGCACCAGCUUUAAGGCCAAGGAUGCUGUUAUACGGGAGAACACAAUUACCUCGCUUAAGUAUGCCGCAGAUCAUGGCGCCGACAUGGUUGAGUUUGAUGUCCAGCUCAGCAAGGAUCUUGUGCCUGUCGUAUAUCAUGAUUUCAUGAUCUACGUCUCUCUAAAGAGCAAGUGCAGCAUGCAGGAGCAUGAUUUUCUGGCACUGCCUGUGCGUGAAUUGACGCUGGAGCAGCUGAAGAAAUUGAAAGUGUAUCACACGGCCGAGGGGCUGUCGAGAGAGACGCGCUCCUUUCACAAUGACGAUCUGUUGGAACAUCAACCGUUCCCCCAACUGGCGGAUGUCCUAGACGCCCUGGAUGUGCAUAUUGGUUUCAAUAUUGAGAUCAAGUGGUCACAGCGUCUGCAGGAUGGCAGCAUGGAGGAGGAGUUUGAGCAUGUUGUCGAUCGUAAUCUCUAUAUUGAUUGUAUUCUCGAUGUGGUGCUUAGAAAAGCAGGCAGUCGACGUGUUGUUUUCAGCUGCUUUGAUCCCGAUAUCUGCACCAUGCUGCGCUAUAAACAGAAUCGAUACCCGGUCAUGUUCUUAACCAUCGGCAGCAGCUCCAAGUAUCAGAAGUACAUGGAUCCGCGAGGCAAUGCAAUGGAGACGGCCGUGUGGCAUGCGGUGGCCAUGCAACUGCUGGGAAUUGUCGCCCAUACGGAGGAUUUACUGCGUGAUCCCAGCCAGGUGAAUCUGGCUAAGGAACGUGGCCUCGUCCUUUUCUGCUGGGGCGAUGACAACAACUCCAAAGACACCAUUAAGCUGCUUAAGGAUUUGGGUCUGCAUGCCAUCAUCUAUGACAAAAUGGAUGUCCUUACCAGCAAAGAGGUCAAACAAAGUGUAUUCCUGCUGCAGGCCAAGGACAGUCAAAAGGAGAUGCUCAAGUUGCAAGCUCUUGAAACGGGACACGUCUGGCACACCACUGACUCCGGCAAUGAAGAGCAACAGGCCUAAACUUUGAUGAGCUUUAGUUUUAUCUCUGCAUAAAUCACAAAUUCGAGACAGGCCUUAAAGAUAUUCACACUGUCUAGACUGUUCUUAUUCUCCUAUUACUUCAUUUUCUCACCUAGCCAAUUUCAUUUCCAUAAUUCGAAUAGAUUUUUAUUGUAUCCAUCCAAUCUCUUUGUUUUCUUUUUGGCUCUCUGUACUUCAAUUCCCGUUUUCUGUUAUUAUUACAAACGCUUAAAAAUCAAUUUUAAUUUGUUCUACGAAUGAUACUUUUCCACAGUGCUUGUCAAACUAUGCUAGUAAAACUUUACUCGCUUGGUCAAAACUCCUCCGCAAUCGAAUUGUUGCAAAUUUUUAAAAUAAGAAAGGAAGUUCAUAAAUGGAGUUUAUUUACUCUAUAAUGAUAUAUGAAAACAAAAUUUUUAUCUAAUUUAUUGCAAAAUAAAUGUGCUUAAAUAAUGACCAAAA